GCGCAUUGUGAAACCCACUGAAGAGAUAUUGGUGUUAUCGAAUAUUUAUCAAGGCAACGCGUGGCAAUACUUGCUGCGGCGGCAGUAGUAUCUCAGUAUGUAGGCGUCUAUGGAUGAGUUGACUCAUGAAAGGGUCAAAACCGAGUCAAACUCGGAUGCGCUAGACUCUCCUACUCCCGGUGUCCAACGAGCUGGAGGACGUGAGAUCGCCGUGCCAGUUGCUAACGUGACAGUCUCGGAUUCCUUCAUGAUGCCAUUAGCAGAGCCGACUCAGCCGAGGCAGGAGGCCAAGUACUUGUGUUCAACGUUUGAACAAGCACGGCAAGUUCCGCGCCGUGCCUAUGGCUCUGCCAGCACCUUCACCUAUUCAUCUGCUACGCUCCCAUUCCAGCGCAGUGAGCACUCUGUUCAUUUCGACGGACAACGAGAGAAUCUACUCCGGAGAUAGUACAGGACAAGCCAUCGUCACUUCCACGCGCUCAUUGAGACCACUCGCAUCAUGGAAAGCUCACACUGACUCACUGCUGGGCAUUCAAGAAUGGGGCUCUCAAAUCAUAACACAUGGGAGGGAUAAUAAACUCCACGUCUGGGCACGGCCCGAGGAGUCCGCUUCCAUCAGACAAGGACCUGCAACUUUGUCAGAUCUAUCAACACCAACAAUAUGUUACUCUAUGGAUGUCAACGCCCUUAACUACUGCAGGUUCUCUCUCCUAGAAGGCGCGCUCGCGCAGGAAGGUCUACUUGCCGUUCCGAACCUCGUGGAAUCAGCUCUUGCAGAUAUCUGGUCACUUCCAUCGCGUCAAAGGCUCCAUGCUGCUAUAGGUGAUUUACUAGAUACCUCCGCAACAGCCUUCUCGGAUGGCAGGUCGGGCAGCAAAUCAGGAAUCAUCAUGUCAAUGCAUCUUUUUUACUCUGCGUCGUCUGCACCUUCGUCCUCUACGUCGGCAAGAGAGCUACGCCUGUUAUGCGCAUACGAAGAUGGAAGCGUUGUCCUGCGAAAGCGGACUGCACCCGAGAAUAAACAGACUGUCGAGGGCCGUGGAUGGGAGGUCAUGUGGAAAUCCAAACUUCAUGUGGAAUCAGUGAUGGCUAUGACAGUUUCUUCGGACUGCACUUUUGCUUUGACAGUGUCGGCGGACCAUUUAGUGGGACGGUAUGAUCUUCUGAAGAUCCAGGAAGAGGCUUCAGAAUCCACACCAGCGGGAACUGCAUCCAAAACCAAACAUCUAGGAAAUGGCUCUGUUGCCAUACGGAGCGACGGGAGAGUAUGUGCGAUUGGGGGAUGGGACGGCAAAGUGCGGUUAUACUCGACGAAGACAUUAAAGUUGUUGGGAACUCUUGUGCACCACAAGCAAGGAUGCCAGGCGGUUACGUUCGCUUCUCAUACUGACCGUGUACCUCUUUGUGGAGAGUUGAAGGAGGAUGACUCUGGUGACGAAGAUGAAAUUACCGUCGAGGAAAAGCAUGCCCGUGAUUGGUGGUUGAUUGCUGGCAGUACAGAUGCGAAGGUGUCGAUUUGGGCGUUGAUAAAUUUCGAGAAGACAAGCACCGUGUAA